AUGUCCGACAGGGUGCUGGACUGCAUCAUUCCCGCGCACGAGAAAGAUUUUGCUACCCUGGGGCAUGCCGUCCGAUCGCUGCGCCGCACCUGCCCUGAGGUCCAGCGCAUCCUGGUGGUGAGCAAGAGCCCUUGGGAAGACGCUGCCGUGCAGGAAUGCGGAGUGGAGUGGGUGGAUGAGGCUGACGCAUGCUGGCCCUUCCACCUCGGCGACAGCGCGGAGUGCGGCUGCGUGCCGGGCUGGCUUUUCCAGCAGCUUCUGAAGCUCUACGGCCCGCUUCUGCUGAAUCUGACAGAGCAGGUCCUCGUCUGUGAUGCUGAUGUUGUUUGGCUCGCAGAGCGUAGCGGACAUAGCGAGCGUCUCAAAUUCCUUGACGAAGGCCGGGCUUUGCUUUGCACCUUCGACUCGGAAAAUUGCCCCCCGAUCCGGAGCGCGGUGGAUCUCCACCGCUACGACGCUUUCGUGGCUCAUGUGCUGCCUGGCCUGGCCAAGGCAAGGCCUGAACGAGAGACUGCGGUUUGCCAUCACAGCGUCCUGGACACCUCAAUCCUGAGAGCACUCUUUGCGGAGGUGGAGCGUGCCUGGCCUGGCCAUGCCUUUUGGGAGGCGUUUCUGGCCGCUGCACGCGCCUGCGAUGGACGAGCCUCGGAGUACGAGCUGUACUCUGCUUUUGCACGAAGCCGCUUUCCCCAGAGAGUGGGGAUUCGUGCUUUGCCUUUUGCAGUGGUUGCCGAUCUUCAGGCGACCAUCAGCCAUCCACCAGCCGGUGUGGCCUUUGCAGUGGCGCACUCCCACCUGCGCGACCUCCCUGACGAGGAGCUGAAAGAUCGCGUUGGCAUCAUCAACGGCAACACAGAGCAAGAGAUUCUGCGACGGCUGGCCGGGGAGCGCCUGGCCAGUGGAGCAGCCAAUGAGCUGAUCGGCAUUCUGAACGCGAGCGGCAUGAUCUCCUAG